AUACCCUUCACCAUCAUCACCACAAUGACCGAUGAAUUCGUUUCUGUUGAACCGUCAGCUGGGGUCAAUCGCUCCAGAAGUGCUCGUCCGAGCCCAACAUGACCGGCUUCUGAAGGCACUCCAGCCGGCCUCACAUAUCCGCUUCGCUCUCCAGCCUCCAGCGCAGACACCUCGAAAUCAUGCUCCUAGGACUGUCGAUCUUGCACAUGCCGCCGGUGUGAAUAGUAUAGCCGUCGACAGGUUCGAAGGUCGAUACUUGAUCUCUGGCGGCGCUGACUCUUCUCUCGCCAUAUGGGAUCUUGAGGCGGCAGAGACAUAUACUGGAGAGGCUGUCACGCAUUUGCCGUUGACGGUAUCUGCCAGAACGUCCAUCACUCAAAGCCUAGGGAUCACUCAUGUAUCUUUUUAUCCUUUCGACUCUCUUGCUCUUCUCACCACUGGCUAUGAUCACACGUUGAAGCUGUUCUCGUCGGAAACAUUGGAAACAUCGACCUCGUUCGACCUUGGGUCCAUAGUGUAUUCUCAUGCUACCUCUCACAUCGCUUCCCACUUGCUUGUGGCAUGCGCAUCCCAACAUCCAGCUGUGCGUCUGGUUGAUCUUCGCUCGGGCUCUGCUACACACUCUUUGGCCGGUCACUCAGGCGCUGUGCUGUCAGUUUCCUGGCACCCCAAGCAAGAGAACAUUCUCGCAAGUGGUGGUACAGAUGGAGUGGUGCGUCUAUGGGAUGUCCGGAAAUCUGCAAGCAGCCUUGGAGUCCUGGACAUGGAAGACAAUAUCGGAAUUGCGGGCUACGAUGGACUAGGAACGGGCUCUCGGAGGCGUGAAAAGGGUCGUGCUCACAACGGCGCUACUAAUGGACUUGUCUGGUCUGAUGAUGGACGUUUUCUGGUUACAACUGGUCACGAUGAGCGUGUGAGAGUGUGGAAUAUGGAUACUGGUGCCAAUACACUAGCAAAUUUUGGGCCUGGAUUGAAGAAUGCCACUACCACAACCUCGCUGCCAUUGCUGGCUCCUAGUCACCUUUCAGCAACAGGCAGAGAGACAGUCUUUUACCCCAAUCCCAAAGAGAUUAUGGCGUUUGACAUGCACAAUGGGUCACUACAGAAUCGCCUUCGGAUACGAAGCUCGGCACCGCACAACGAGGUCAGUGUUAGCAAUCCUAAGAACAGAACGACAUCUCUCGCAUGGCGCGCUCAUCAUGUCGAGAUGUACUCUGCACAUGGAGAUGGCACGAUCCGAUGCUGGAAACCGCAGACUGCAGAAGAUCUGGCUGCUGACCAGGAAACGAGAGAGGACGAGCACAGUGGAGCUGGCUCGAUGGCGGAUCGCAAACGAAAACGCGAUGCGUUUGAACAGAUCGUGGCGGAUUUGACAACCAAGAAGAUCACCUUUUCAUGAGCAGAGGUCAAGCGUCCCGCCGCGACUUCUGAGUCCAACGAGCUCGUCCGCCCGCAGCGUGGCCGUGGAACAUGGCUAUAUUGACCAUGUCGCGGCGGCCAUGGUGAACACCUUGCCUGUUUGGCCGCGGGCGUUCCGUGCUCACAGUCAUCCUGCGCCAGAGGCGGACGAGAGGCCUGGCUAAGCGUCAUUAGACUCUAUCCUGCCAGCUCUGGUGGAGAAGUUGGUGACAGCUGACCAUGGCGCGCUAGGAUGAAGUGGAGCUCGUGAAUGAAUUCUCCUCUUGCGGUUCAUCCUAUCCUAGAAGGCCUUUCCACCUUGGGAUUGUGAGCACUUCCCGGAUAGAGCCUAUUUUGCACAUGAACUAAUCGGAAAGGAUGACAUUCCAGGUCUUGCAACAAAUCAACGGUUUUGGAUUGAUGGAACUGCAGCUUAAGGGUCUUCAGAUCGACGGAACUGCAGCUAAGGGGUCCUCAGAUCGACUCGAGACCCUGAGAUGUGGAGUGCUAUGUGCUCGGCUGCUACUAGUAGCCGCGAAUAUUUACAUGGUAUGCUCUCCGUUACUCAUUCGUGCAGCGUGCUAUCUCAAUCAGCGAAAGGUGGGUCGCUAGAUGUGUAGGGGGAUCGAGUGUAUACGAUAUACGCCGUAGUGCACCUAGGAAGAUUUUCCUAUAGAACAACAUGUUUCGACGCCUGAAUACAGGUAUCUAGACACACGCUGUCGCGUCGGGAGUAGCGUGCCUGUUGGAAUCCUACCUAGUACUAGCCUACUAGGUAGGUACCGAGUUAUCUUGGCAAUUACCUUAUUGAAACGGC